AUGCGUCCCACAGAUGACGAAGUUGACUCGGUGGUACAAGAAGCGGUAUUCUCUAAUCCCUGGUCCGAUGAUAUUCUCGAAGAAGUUUGUAGGCUUGGUGAGGGUGCGGGUGGUGCAGUCCACAAAGUCAAGGAUAAGCGGACGGGUAAGGUUAUGGCUCGCAAGACGAUCACAACUCGGGAGGCGCCGAUGAAACAACUCGAGCGAGAGUUAUCUAUCAUGUCAUCCACGAAACACAUCAAUAUAGUCCACUUUUAUGGCGCCUACAUGUCUCCGUCAUCGAGUGAGGUCAAGAUCUUGAUGGACUUUUGUGAGGGUGGUAGCCUGGAGACAGUUAGUAAGAAGAUCAAGGAGCGCAAUGCAGUUGUAGGGGAAAAGAUCGCUGGUCGUUUAGCGGAAGGGAUUUUACAAGGUCUCGCCUAUCUUCAUACCAAGAAAACAAUCCACCGAGAUAUCAAGCCCUCUAAUAUUUUACUAUCGAGUAGAGGGAUCGUCAAACUUUGUGAUUUCGGUGUUUCAGGUAAACUGGAAGGCUCAAUGGCCUACACCUUUACAGGUACAAGCUUUUAUAUGGCUCCAGAACGAAUUUGUGGGCACGAGUAUACUAUAAGAUCAGACGUUUGGUCGACUGGAAUAUCGUUGCUAGAACUUGUCCAAAACCGGUUCCCUUUCCCAAAUGAUCUUCCUCCCAUCGAGUUAAUGAUGCAUAUUACCACAGGCGAGCCUCCUCACCUCGAAGAUGAAGGUGGUGUCAUCUGGAGCCCCGAGAUGAAGGAUUUCAUCAAACAGACUCUGACCGUGGAUGCCUUAAGCCGUCCGACUCCCAAGGACAUGCUUUCACAUCCCUGGAUAGUGGACAACAUGACGCAAGAAGUGAAUAUGGCAAAAUGGUUGCGUCAAGUCUGGGACUGGAAAAAACCUAAAGACGCGUUUGUCACUACUUCCUAA